AUGGCCGAGUCUUCGAACGUCCGCCACACGGGCUCGAGCGUGUGCUGGAGCGGCGUCAAGGUGACCGCGGGCUCCAAGAAGAACCCAAAGCCGAUCCUGAAAGGCGCGGGCGGCGAGGGUUUGAGUGGCUACGUCGAGGGUGGAAAGUUUUGCGCCAUCAUGGGGCCGAGCGGAGCUGGGAAGACCACGCUCCUCAACGCGCUCGCCGGCCGCCGACUGCCAAACUUUGAGGGCACGGUCCUCGUCGACGGCAAGGAGCCCGAUCGGCGCAGGAUCGCGUUUGUCAUGCAAGAGGACGUGCUCUGCCCGACGCAAACGCCGCGCGAGGCGCUGAUGUUCUCUGCGGGCUUGCGGCUCCCGGCCACCGUCUCGCUCGCGGAGAAGCGCAAGCUGGCGGGCGAUCGGGAACGCCCCAAUUACCAGGUGAUGACGCACUUUGGAGCAAUCUCGCAGAUCGCGAUCGGUGGCAUGUUCGGCGCGGCGCAGCCGCUGCUGCUCUCCUUCCCGCUCGAGGCGGCGCUCUUCAAGAAGGAGUACGGCGUGGGCACCUACACUGCGACAACCUACUUCGCCGCCAAGACCGCCGUCGAGGUGCCCAAGUCCUUCCUAGUCGCCGCGCUGACGUGGCUCGUCUCGUACUGGCUCAUCGCCCUCGAGGGGCCCAUCAUCCUCUACAUCCUCGCCCUCUGGCUGAUGGGCUUCGCCAUCGCCUCGACGGCGCUGCUGCUCGGCUGCCUCGUCCCCAACGUCGAGGUCGGGCUGCAGGUCUCGCCCGCCGUCCUCGUCCCACAAAUCCUCUUUGCAGGCUUCUUCAUCAAGAGCGAGCAGAUCCCGCCCUUUCUGCGCUGGGCGCAGUACCUCUGCUCGCUGCGCUACGGCAACAACCUCUUCGCCCUCAUCGCCUUUGGGCCGCAGGAGACGGACAGCUGGGACAACUCCACGCGUGCGGAGGCGGAGCUGCUGCUCGAGCUCAACCAGAUCGAGCCCGGCGACUGGUGGGUGAACGUCCUCGUGCUCGCGAGCAUCGGGGUGGCCUUCCGCCUCGUGGCCAUUGCGGCGCUCUCCUGGCGCGCCGCUCGCACCGCGUGAGGCGCGCCGCGCUCCCCCGAGCCGCUCGGCCGAUGUACGAUCUCGGAAUAUGUACGCUGGUUGAGAGAAUGAGAGAGGUGUUCGGUUCGGCAACAGAAGGGAAAGAAACCCUGUCUUAAAAG